GGCAAUAGAUGGUCGUUUGGUAACGAACGAGUUCGAUGCUGGGUAGAGUCGUGUUCGACGCGAAGACCGCGGCCGGGAAGGAGCGGAGUUGUAACGCAUCCGAGCUCGGGCGGUCGCCGAGAAGCGCCCGCGAAGGCGCUUUCACUCUCGCUGUUACUUGAUCGCCUGCGCUCAUUACCUUAUAACUUAUCUCUGUCCUCUGCUUUCUCCUGAUUUCAACGUCCUACCGUUGCUUCUGGUCGGCUUCGCUAUCGACACCUUGGGCCGGAUCAUUCUCUUGUGCCGAUAUCGCGGCCACACAUGGCAAACCCUCGUCAAAGAAAAAAGCUGCGCUCGGGCUCCUACAAGCCAGUAAGCCAUUCUCGUCGUGCGAAGAAGAGCCUGAACAAGCAACCACCCAUUCGUGGUCCGAAAGUACUUCAAGAUGCAUGGGACAAGCAUAAGACUGUCAGACAAAACUACGAAGCGUUGGGGCUCGUUGCAUCGCUCAACCCGACGGCAUCUGGAGGGGUCGAGAAACAGCUCGCCCCUCUAACGACUUCGCGGCCCGACGAAUCCACAACACCUUCUUCAGGAAACAAGACAUCAAGCAUACCCAAGGGGUAUGGCCGCGUUAUCCGGGACGAGGAUGGCAAUAUAGUGGGCGUCGAGUUACCAGAAGAAGAGCCGGAAGCAGACCCAAUAGAGAAAACUAUAGAUGAUCUGCCUGAUCCGUCUCGAGACCAACAGCUGGCGCCGUGGGUGGGGUUGAAUUCGAAUACGAUGGCUGGCCAAUCAAGUGCAUCGAGCACACAUGUGGUACAAGCACUGGAAGAGAUGUUGACACAUAACGGAGCGCGAAAGCGGUUCUCCUCUACUGGAGAGGUCGCUAUUCUUCGUCGACUGGUCGCUAAACACGGCCAAGACGCUGAAGCCAUGGCGCGGGAUAGGAAACUCAACCCGGAUCAGCGCACGGCGGGUGAAAUAGUGAGGGCUAUCAAGAAAGCGGGUGGUUUUACGACGUUAUCGCAGGAUACGUAGGCAUCGUUAGCCAGUAUCGUCAUAAAGGAUGUCAGUGCCGCUGGGAAUAUCCCUUCAAGUACGUUUCCGGUCGACCGGAUGCUAUACUCAUAUUGCAACAUAUUACCUUUGUACGUCCGUGACACUUGGCGUCCCAUGAUCGCAUCGGAAGUCGCACAGGGUAGCCUUCUCGACCCACGGUGAAUGCGAGCGUUGGUGGUGUGAAGGCUCAAGGGAUUAUAAUAAGGUAGAUGCGGCAGAGGCAUGAGCUCCAAGAACACGCAGAGCUGUAUACUAGAACACCUGGGAUGUUUGCGUUUGCGCUUGAUGCCGACACUAUGUUAGGGUGGAAUUUGCCGGUGGCACGAUAUCGCACGGAAGCUGAGAAGAUUGCCAACGUUGGAUUCUCGUAAAGGUCGCGGAGUUGUG